GUCAGCUGUUGGACGUAUCUGCCGGACAUGGGGGAUCUGGAGCCUCCAGAGUUCGGGUCCCUGGAGGAAGAGUUGGAGUACUGGAAGGAGCAGGCAGCCAGGCACCAGCAGAGUGCGGAGGAGGCGCAGGAGGAGCUGCAGGAGUUCCAGCAGAUGAGUCGGGACUACGAGGUGGAGCUGGAGGCGGAGCUUAAACAGUGCGAGGCCAGAAACCGCGAACUCCUCACAGCCAAUAACAGGCUGCGCAUGGAGCUGGAAAACUACAAGGAUAAAUACGAGACGCAGCACUCGGAGGCCUACCGGCAGAUCUCCAGCCUGGAGGGGGACCUGGCCGAGACCUCGGCCAUCCGAGACCAGUUCCAGAGGUACGUCCGGGAGCUGGAGCAGGCCAACGACGACCUGGAGAGGGCCAAGAGAGCCACCAUCAUGUCUCUGGAGGACUUCGAGCAGAGGAUGAACCAGGUGAUCGAGAGGAACGCCUUCCUGGAGAGCGAGCUGGACGAGAAGGAGAACCUGCUGGAGUCGGUCCAGAGGCUGAAGGACGAGGCCCGAGACUUGAGGCAGGAGCUGGCUGUGCAGCAGAAGCAGCAGUCUCAGGACAGAAAGCCGUCCUUCAGCAGUGCAGUCAGAGACCCUUCGUCAGCCCUCGCCUCCUCCUCCUCCUCCUCCGUGCUCCCCACCCCCCCGCUCACCCCCCCAGACCGAAGAACCCAAGACACACCCUCGUCUCUGUCGUCCAGACCUCAGCCCCCCACAGAGGAGGCGCUCAGUGCCAACCAGCCCCCCAGCAACCGAGGUGACGCCGCCCCCGCGCCCCCCCUCACCACGUCGGCCCGGAUCUCGGCCCUGAACAUCGUCGGCGAGCUGCUGAGGAAAGUCGGGAACCUGGAGUCCAAACUGGCCUCGUGUCGGGACUACGUCCACCAGCAGACGAGCAGCCGCCGAGGCCCCGCCUCCGGAGGACAGGGGGCGCCGGCGAGCCAGACCGGCUCCUCAGAGAACCAUCCAGCCAACGGACUGUGCAACAAGAGCCUGGUGAAGAGGUUAGACUUCGGCGCUGGAUCCAAGCUGCUGGUUUGAAACCCUCUACCCAGAAUCCUCCUGGGGUCUUCCGGGCCCGUCGUCUCCGUCCAGCCGACUGGACGCCUCCUCAGGACUCUGCACAUGUAUUGGCUGUUUUGUUUUGUUUUCUGGCCUCGGCUCCUCGUCUGUUUACUCAACGUUUUGUGUUACGAAGGAAUCUGAAGGACUUCGCGCCACCUAGUGGUCAAACACGGUGCUGCUUUUACAAACCGAGCGUCAGCUUGGAAGAAUAUUGCCAAGAGAAGGAACCGGAUCUGAAGGAAGUAGAACCCAGCAGGACUGCCGGGCGAGGAGCUCCCUCUGGUGGCCGGGAGAUGAACUGCAGCGCCCCCUGGAGGCGGUCAGACUGAACUGAGGGUCCGUCCGUUCUCUGCUGGCAGCCAGGAAGUGUUGGAAAUGCACUUUACAGGAAGGUGUUUGAAACCGGUUCACACCGGUCCUGAAGUCGGUUUUGCACUUGUCUGUUCACACUGGUUUUAAACCGAUUCCAGUCCGGUUCCAGACCGAGUCCGGGACUCAUUUUAAGCUGGUUUCAGGUCAGAUGUAAACCGGUUCUGAAGGUUCUUUUAGACUUCAGUUUGUCUUCAGGACUUUAUUUUGAACUGGUUUGGAGACUGCUGAGAAACUGGUCCAGGACUCGGUUCAGGGAUGGAUUUGGACGGACUCUUAGACCUGUUUUGAGACUGAUUCUGGUUCUGUUGGUUCUAGACUGAGAUGGACCAGAUUCAGACUGUUUGGACUGAUUUUACACUGCUUUUAGGACCGUAGUGUUUGAAGGUUUAGAUUUUAAUGGUUUGGAACUGAGAAACUGAUGUUUUUGAACGUUCUGGUUCUCAAUCUGGUUCUGUUGGUUCUGAAGUCAGACUGGACCGACUGGCUGUAGGACAGUCUUCAUUUGAAGGUUUGGAUUGUAAUGGUUAAGAAUGAAGAAUCUGUUCUUGAUCUGGUUCAGAUGGUUCAUGGACCGGUUCUGGAGUCGGACUGGACUGAGUUUACUCUGGUUUUAGGACAGGAUUUGUUUGAAGGUUUAAAUUUUAAUGGUUUAGAAGGAAGAAUCGACAUUCUUGAUCUGGUUCUCAGUCUGGUUCUGGUGGUUCUAAAGUAGGACUGGACCAACUGAUUGUAGGACAGGAUUAGUUUGAAUGUUUGGAUUUGAUAUGAAGGAUUUGAUGUUCUUGAUUUGGUUUGAUGGUUCUGGAGUCGGACUGGACUGAUUUUGAGAAUUUUACGUUCUCCGGCUUUUUCUUUUUUGGACUCCUGGUUGAUGGAAUCAGAUUCGGACUGAAAGGAACCGGACCUGCUGGAGUUCUGUUUUAGCGUUCUGACAGUACUGAUGUGAAGAUCUGGAUCCAGUUUGACUUUAGUUUUAUAGAUUUUCUCUCUUUCUUGAUUAGUUUGAGUCUUUUUGGACCUUUUGCUCUCAUUUUUCUUUCUGCUAGUUGGACGUUUGAGGUUGAGUCCUGGACUGAACUGGACUCUGCUGGUCUCUGAUUGGUCCUCGGACCACCACGGACCCAUUGUGAGUGUGUCUGAACAAACCUUCAGAGACCUCAAACAGCACUUUUUGACGUUUUUAUAUCUGUUUGGUUUUGUCCUCUUCUCUCACUGAGACAACAGAAAGUCUCUUUUCAGUGAAAUAAAACCUGAUCUGAGAACGAAACGCUUCACGACUCCCAGAAAACUGACUGAAAGUCGAAUUAGUCUCAGUGGAAAAAAGGCUUUAAUGUGUGAAAUAUGUAAAUCUGGGUUCUUUAAAAGGUUUACUUUCACCAUCGAAACUUCUUUUGCAUCUAUUUUCCCAAUUUUCAACAGUUAAAAUUUAAUCAUGAUUUUAAUAUUUACAUAAAAUUACAUUUACUUUUGAAUUCAAGCAGUAUUUCAUCUUUACCCACUAAUAUCUGUCCCAUAUGUCAAGUUUUUGAAAAGUUUACUUUUUGAAAUGAAAUUUUAAAUUUACACUCAAAUUUCUUGAUUAAAAAAAAUCUAAAAGUUUCUUUUGUAAAACUAACAUUGGUCUAAAAAUCUAUAUGUUUUUAGUUUUGACAAAUUAAAUAUGAAUAGUCUUGAAUUUCAGGCAAAAAUUGUGAGUUUUAACAUUUUUUGCCUGGAAUUCAAAAUGUUUUGUCUUAAAUUUAGCUCAAGUUUUAGUUCUGACUUCAUAGUUUAAAGAAAUGAUUCUAAAUUUUCAUAUUUUUCUCAAUUUAGUCUUCAUUAUAAUAAACUCCAUGAAUAACUGUUGUGAAUUUCAACAUUUAUUAAUCUUAACAUGUUUUUUAAAAUUGCUGUGUGAAACUCAACACAUCAGGUUGAUUAUUGAAUUAUUAGCAAAACCUUACAACAGUGGCUUUUAUUUUAACAUCUAAAAAAAUAGAUAUUUUAUCCUCGUCGUCACAUAUUUAGCUAAACUUUCCCACCUUUUGUUAAAAUUUCACUACAGUUUAAAUUAAAAUCUCCAAAUCUUCUCCUCAUUUGGUGAAGGCAGAUUUUCCACUUCAAACACUUAAACAAUAAUUCCUCCAUAAAAGUUCAAAAGUAAAGUUUGACCUGCUGGUUUGUUCUUGAAGGAUGUGUGUGUGUGUUUUUUACACAGAUGUGCUGAAGAUGUGUUUCUAGAAACCAAUAAAACUUGAAU